AUGCCCGCCUGUCGGCAUCCUGACAUUCAGAGGUUUGAUGGAUUCCGCUGCUGUCUUUCCUGUGGUGAAACGACUUUCGAAGAUGCUGAGAAGCCAGAACAAGGAUCAGACCUUACAGCAUCGACAGGCUACCAGUACAGGCGACUCAACUACGAACUCGGACAAGAGAUACGACUGGUCGUCCUGUAUCCCGGUAAAGAGCUGGAAGACAUAACUUGCGACAUAAUCCACGUCAAUCUUCUUGACAAGCCUAUCUAUGAAGCGGUGUCCUAUACUUGGGCUACUGAAGAUGGCGACCUCUCAAUGUCAGCAAAGAUCAAGUGUCGUAAUGGAAACAUUGCCGUCACCCGAAAUUGUGAAUCAGUACUGCGAUCUUUAAGACUCAAAGGCCGAAAUAGGAAGAUUUGGGUGGACGCUAUCUGCAUUGAUCAAAAGAGCAUCCUUGAAAGGAAUCAUCAAGUGAAGCUCAUGGCUACUAUUUACACAAACGCCUCGCAAGUUGUCGCUUCUCUCACUACUGAUACCAGUUUAUCUUUCGAAAGAGUGCUUAGACUCUUGGAUGGAAGCUCGCGCCAAUCAAAUCAGAGACAAGAGACACCUUCACGUCGCGAAUUUGCGAGGUUCAUUUGUAUGCCCUAUUUUGAUCGAGUGUGGAUUUUGCAAGAGAUUGCUCUGGCAAAGAUAGUUACGCUUGUUGUCGGAAAGUGGACUUUACGCUGGACUGCCGACACGGUAUCGACAUUGUUGAACUUGUGCAAAACACUGGACUUUCGGGCACCUAGCGUACUACGUUGGCUGCCCUCAAGCCAGCCAGAAGCUGGCGACUUGCUUGAUGUAUUGCACCGAAGCAGAAACUGCUCGGCUACUGAUAGAAGAGAUAAAGUCUACGCCUUACUUGGUCUCGUUAACGCUGAGGUCGCCAGCGCCGUUCCUGUGGACUAUUCGCAGACACCUUCAUCAUGGUACUCUGAAUCAUCGACUGGGCAGAAACCCAACACAGUCGACUCGCGGGAAGAAGAACAACCGAAAAAGCAGCAUGCUGCCGAAUACCACUACAAUGUUCAACUCGAAGUUGUUGAUCGUACUUCACCUGCUACGACAAGUUCGGAAAGUUCCUCAUUAUGGUUAGACAGCUUGAACACGGCUCUUCAAAUCGACGCUACAGGAGAACCGCACUUCGCUAUCAAGCCGCAACGAUUACCAGUGAGGAUACAUGAACGAACGGAACCUCCUGCAAAGACACCGCCUUGUUUGAGAAUCCGGGCGCAUUACUUGGACAUCAUCAAGAAGUUUCUACCGAUGGCCACGAACCGCCGUGAGCUCAUACUACCUCGUGGUGUUCUAGAUGCCUUCUGCAAUAAAGACACAUGUUCUAAAUGCCUACUCGAUUCAUUUGCCUUGUCCAAUUUAGAGGCGGCAUCACAUCUAUACAAGACUUUCGACCACACAGUACACGAUAGCUGUGCUGAACCAAAGCAUGUGGAGCGGGAACUGCGCGAUGAAUUCAAAGAUGUAGUGAACCAUCUGGGGAUCGGAAGCACGACUUUUGAAACACGCUUAUCAAUGGGUUUCGCAAAGGAAUGGAGGAUCGACCAAUCGAUAUGGCCAGGUGAUACUAUCUGGGCUCUAGCUGGACUCGCCGUGCCAGUGAUUUUGAGAAAGGAGCAAGAUCACUAUAUUCUCGUUGGGCAAUGCUACCUAUUCCGGGCAGCGUUGCCAUUUCUAUGCUCGGAUUGUGGUGCAGAGGUUAGGCCAUGGCCUAUGGCUACCAAGAUCAUUGACAUUUGGUAA